UCAUCUAAGCUUUUGGUUGACAGUUGACCAGUUUAAAGAUGUCCGACCAGGAACUGGAUGCAGCCGUCAUAAAGGCAACCCAACAGGCAUUGGGAAAGUUCAUAAAAAAGCCUCCCCUAACGGAGAAACUACUGAAAAAGCCUCCGUUUCGUUACUUAAUGGAUGUUUUCAAUGCGUUUAUUAAGCAAACGGGCUGUUUUGAGGGUCUAUAUUCCCCGGAGGAGCAGCUCUUUGAGAACAUUAGCGAUCGCAAUGAUAAGGCACGGUUUCUGCAAAAGAUGAUAGAUGUGACAAAGCUCACCACAAAGCUGGAUCUCAAAGUGCGCACCUCGAAGAUUGUGGCUGGCCACGAGGCAAAGUUGACCAAUGAACUGCUGCAGGCGAUGGCUAGCGUGGCGGAACAGCGUCUGGAAUGGAGGGAUGCACUGCAGCAGGUUCUCGGUGCUGAUAGCCAGCUGGCAAAGUCCAAGUCUCCGACCAAAGCAAAAGAAACCAAAACCACAAGUAAACAAAUAUCACCAACUGGCAAGGAGGAUGCAGUGCAGCGUCGGGAGAAGCGUAUAUCACCGCAGGAGCAGAAGCUGCGCAAGGCCACAGAGCAGACAGCCCGUACCACGCCUCCUGUGAAGGACAGGGUUCAACGCAGAGCGAAACCUUCUCCGGAAUUGGAAGCCAAGUCGAAACUGAGCAGGCAGAGCUCCAAGCAGAAGAGUCCUUCGCCAGUGAAGCCCACAGCAAAAGUUAAGCAACAGACUUCAACGGAAAGUGAAAUAAACUCCAUGUCACCCUCCCCAGCUGCUCCUCCGCCCGGCAAGGUGGCGUCACCAACAUCCUCAACCAAAUCCCGUGCUGAGAAGAGUCCACCGCCCAACGUACAGCCUGUGGCUGCUGUGGAACCCAUUAAGGAACCCUCGCCGACAUCAACUACAGCUGUGGAAUCCUUGCCAAAUACAGAGCCAGAAAGCCGCAAAUCCUCCAGCAAAAGUCGACGCUCUAGCGGAAGUCAGCGACAGGCGCCGCCUGAAACGGAGUCAAAUGAGUUGCCAAAGGCAGCCAACGAGGUCAGUGAACCACCGACAACGACACCCACUGUUCCAGCUUCGGAUUCCAACAACAAUAACAGCAGUGAAACAAAGAGGGAACGGGAAGGAACCUUUACGCGUGAGAACUCCAAGGAGUCCAAUGGGUCAGUAACUCGUCCACGCACCUCGCUACGUCCGCCUAGUGCACGGCCAGCAUCAGCACGUCCUGGAGCACCUCGACGACGAAAUGUUGAGAUUGUCUUACAGCCAAAUGAUCAGGUUAAAAUGUCUGGCAUCAAUGUGAAGCUGGAGACAUUCGGGGACUUUGAUGACGAUGGCGAGAACUUGGUUAUUAUUGAAGAUGCCAAUGCCCAUGACAUCGAGGCGGGGGCCACAGAAACGCAGCUCGACAUGGACGCCCAUCAGGGUCGGUUGGUGCAACAAAUCCUGGAGACACAAAAAGAACUCGUGCAACAGAGCGGCGAUACCGGCAAGGAGGAGCAACAAAAGACACAAAAUCUGGCAGCUCGUCAAAGCUCAGCGAGGCAGAUGAAUGACCUUCGGGAUAUAAUACAGACAUUAACCAAGUCGGUGAAUCCGCUGGGCAAACUAAUGGACUUUAUACCCGAGGACAUCGAUGCCAUGCAAUUGGAGUUGACCAUGUGGCGGGAGACCUACACUCAGGCUGCUGCGGAGCUGAAAAGGGAAAGAAACCUGACGGCAUCUGCAACGGAGCCCAUGAAGCAGCAGCUCCUGACCACCGAGGCCAGCAUAGCCGAGUACAAGGAGCUGGUCGAUGAGAGUCGCCACAAGAUCCUGCAGAACAAUGAGCGUAUACUGAAGAUGCUGUUGGAACAAUAGAGUUGUAAUUUGAAUAUUUAUUGUAUUCAUGUAUAUUUAAUAAAAUAGUAUAGUUUAAAUAACGUUAUAAAAA